AUGUCCGGUCCGGCUGCCGCCCCGCCGGUGCGCCAGUCGCUGCCGUGGCGGCUCGGCUCCGUGGCCGUCAUGAGCAGCGUGGGCUUCGUCUCGAGGGCUUUCCUCUACGGCCUCAACAAGGUCGAGGUCACGGGGCUGGAUAAUCUGCUUGCCACGCUGGAUCGCAGGCGGACGCAGAGCCGGGAUCGCGGCCUGCUGACCGUGUGCAACCACGUCGCCGUUGUCGACGAUCCCCUCAUGUGGGGGAUUCUCCCUCUGCGCUACCAGACCGAUGUCCGGAACCUGCGAUGGGGUCUGGGCGCGCACGACAUAUGCUUCAAGAAUAGCUUCUUCUCCACCUUCUUCAGCCUGGGCCAAGUGCUUCCCACCCGCCGGCUGUGGCACUCGCCGUUGGGCGGCCUCUACCAGCCCACCAUGUCCCAGGCAGUCCAGCUCCUGUCCGGCCCAUCUACAUCCCCUACGCCGCCGAGCCUGACCUUCUCGACCGACGGCACCGACUCCUUCCCCGCGCCCGCCGCAUACGCCGCGAACCGCAACGCCUGGGUCCAUGUCUUCCCCGAGGCGUGCUGCCACCAGAGCCCCGACAGCGGCCUUCGAUACUUCAAAUGGGGCGUCUCCCGACUGAUCCUCGAGAGCGAUCCCGCCCCCGAGUUCAUACCCAUGUUCAUCCACGGCACCCAGUCCAUCAUGCCCGAGGACAGGGGCUUCCCGCGUUUCCUUCCCCGCAUAGGGAAGCGCUUCAGGGUCGUCAUCGGCGAGCCCACUGACGUUGAUCGCCUCUUUGGCGAAAAGAGAGCCGCUUGGAAAAAGCUGGUGGAGACGAGCAGCGCUGAGGACUUGCAGCACGGCCCGGAAGCCGUGCAACUAAGGAUAGAAGUUGCCAAGUCUGUGCGUGACGAGAUCGAGAAGCUGCGCGAGAGCGCGGGCUUCCCACGCGAGGAGGACGAGACGGCCGCCCUCGCAGAGACGUGGUCCAAGGAACCAAGCAAGCGCAAGUUCAAGAGCCCCGUCGACGGCAGUCUGGUCAACAGACACUGA